AAAAUCCCAAUGGUAUGAUGAUGCCAAAAUCGGGAUAUUUCUUCACUGGGGCGUGUACAGCGUGCCUGGAAACAUGGUGUGGUUUUGGUAUUACUGGCAGCGAGAAAAACAACCCGAAUUUGUUAACUUCAUGAAGAAAUACUACCCGCCCAAUUUUCAAUAUGCAGACUUCGCUCCAAACUUCCGGGCAGAGUUUUUUGAUGCUGAUCAAUGGGCAAGAAUUCUUAAAGACUCAGGUGCAAGGUAUGUUGUUCUUACGUCCAAGCACCACGAGGGCUUCACAUUGUGGCCAUCCAAGUAUUCAUGGAAUUGGAACUCCAUGAGUGUGGGUCCCAAAAGAGACCUUGUGGGUGAAUUUUCAACAGCCAUAAAGAAGUCUGGACUCAGGCUGGGCCUGUAUCACUCGUUGUAUGAAUGGUUUAACCCUUUAUACAUGAAAGAUAAAGCCAACAACUUUACCACCAAAGACUUUGCCAAGACUAAGACUAUGCCGGAGCUGUAUGAGUUGGUGAACACUUAUCACCCAGAUUACGUGUGGUCAGAUGGAGCCCCAGCAGACAGCGGAAACAGUUCCUACUGGAACGCACCAGAGUUCGUGGCCUGGCUCUACAAUGAAAGCCCCGUCAGAUACACUGUAGUUACCAAUGACAGAUGGGGGAUGGACGUUUCCUGUAAACAUGGAGGCGUUUUGACUUGUUCUGACAGAUAUCAUCCAGGAAAGCUACAACACAGAAAAUGGGAGAGUGCCUUCACUAUUGACAAGACAAGCUGGGGCUUCAGAAAGAAGGCUGUACUAGCUGACUUUAUGACGAUGGAAGAGUUACUGUACAAUGUCAUUACUACUGUAAGCUGUGGUGGAAACGCAUUGAUUGAUGUUGGACCAACACCUUAUGGGACUAUACAACCCAUUUAUGAAGAGAGACUCUCACAGCUGGGCAGCUGGCUAAGAGUGAAUGGCGAGGGUGUAUACAGGACAACACCAUGGAUAUACCAAAAUGACACUGUAAAUCCACAUGUCUGGUACACCGUUUCCAAAUUUUCCUCCAUACUUGUGUAUGCAUUCCUACUGGAAUGGCCAGAAAACAAUAUUGUGACACUUGGAGCUCCAAAACCUUCCAAUAAAACUGUGGUUAACCUGCUGGGUCAUUCUGGCUACAUUCCCUGGAAGAGUGGACCUAACGGUGGAAUACAGCUUCAUAUUCCAGACAUUCCAUACCCACAAAUGCCCUGUCUCUGGGCGUGGACAUUUAGGAUUAUAUAUUUAAACAAUUAAGUUUGAAUGGCUGAUAAUGAAAAAAACACUUCUUGUUCUAUUGCAAGAAUAAUAAUUUAAAAACCUGGUUUGAAACGUUGUCUUGAUACUAGUAACAUUGUGACAGAUUUGUUAAAGUUUCAAGAUGCUUGUUAAAGAUUUGCUGAGUCCAGAGAAAAAAUAAUGGAUGUUAAAGGCACUUCAUAUUUAUCAUCUUUACAGGGCAUAUUUUGUGGAAGGCAUGUUGCUUGGCAGUUUUUCAGUUCAUUUACAUGUAAAUGACCAUUUCUAAUACUCAAUGCUUCAAAGAAGCCUAACCCCUCAUUUAGAAUUGACAUCUUUACAAUUUUUUUUGUUAUAAUUAUUUGAUUUGAUUUAUACAGUAAAACUCUUUUAGUACGAACACAGAUAUUGCGAAUUCACGGAUAUAGCGAAGUUGACUUUUAUCCCCAGCCAUUUAAAUUGAACGAAUUCCUUAUAUGGAUAUAACGAAUUGAAUAAAGUGAAGUAAUUUCAUAGGUACCCAUGACUUUGUUAUAACCGAGUUUUACUGUACCUAUAAUUGUUCAUUUUUAUGUGAUUUAUGUGAGUUUUCCUUUCACAUAGUCUAAACUCUUGUUAGACUCUAAGCAUUAUAUAGUCCCUAUGGUUCACCAUAAUGUCAAUAUUGUCAUUUGUUCAUAUGUAUACUACCCGGUACAUUAUUGUUAUAGAAUGAGCAUGUGUAUGGUUAUCAUUUGUGUAUUUUAUCUCCUCGAGUGAGUGGUUACUUAUUAUGCUAUGUCACAUUUAACAACAAUGACAAAUAAAUAUAACAACAAAAAGAUUUUUUGAAAGUUUAAAGUCAGCAUUUACUAUUCUUGAAAUCAGAAUGGUACAGAUAAUAUGAAUGUAUCUACAUGUAUUUGAAUUUCCAAAGUUUAACAUAUUAAAAAACUAUUUGAAUGA